AUGACAUUUGAUGUGGAAUCAUCAGUUGGAUUGAAACUCCUUCGUGUUAUUAUGCAAUUGUUUCUCUUCAGCGCAUAUCAAGGUUUUCAUAAACUUCCAAGGCAAGAAGUGAUGACUUUUCAUGUUCAAUCUACUCAAUCGCAUGACGAAAAUUUGAGAAAAAUUUUACAGCACAAAAACAGAAAUGAAAUUAAACAUUUUUUUUUGGUUUUAUGUUUACGUAAAACUAACAUGCAUCAAGUAAAAGCCAAUAAACUAUUAAAUCAUCACUACCAACGACAAAACAUGAUAAUCAAAGCGUAG